AUGGACCCUAUCAGUCUUAUUGGAGCGAUUGGUGUGGCCUACCAGGUUGUCGAGAUAACAAUUGACGCGAUCGAUUACUGGAAGCGGACCGGAGACGUGGCCGACGACAUCAUCAUGAUGGUGGCACGUCUAGACAUGAUUCGGGCACGAAUCAAGUCGUGGUCAUUCGAUUGGGGCAUGCGCGAGCAACGACACCUGAAGCACCCCAAGUUCCGCGACUACGGCCACCUAGCUCUUCAAUACCUUGUUAUCAUUCAGCGCCGUCUGGUCCGCUUCAGCGAGUUCGAGGCGAAGUAUACUGGGCUCUUCGCUGGUGCGCGAUCGCGUAGGACGGGCUCGGUCUCACGGAUUGCAGCUGUGGCAGCGAUUGAGCAGACGGCGACUAACGAAGGCCACGUUAGUAGUGAAGAAGAGCUCCUCACGCAGCUGAAAAGCGAUGUAGGCAGACUGAAUCGCAGCAACAUGCUGGAGCGCUGGCUAUGGGCUCGCAAGGACAAGCGAGGCCAGAUGAUGGUUGAACAUAUCGACACGCUGGUCAAAGAUCUGGAGGACUUCUUCCCACCUCCACGCAGCGACGCUGCCGGUGCUAUCGUCUUCAACCUUGCCCUCUCUUCCAGCGAUACUGAAAGUCUUCAGGCCCUCCUGAAGCUUGAGGCGAUGCCAGAAGCAGAUGACAACUACAUCAUCCGUGACGUCUCUAACUUGGCGUCCUUGAAGAUCAUCGCCGCUAACCUCGGUCAGCGAGCUGCAAGGGCCAAAGACCAGACACUUCGAUGGAGGUCCAUCACAACGGAAGAGGGAAAUUCGCUCUCGCUUGAGCCGUGCGUGGACGGUCGUGAGAUAGCCCAAUGGAGACCGACCACACGAGGGGAAGACACUGAGAUAGUCCUGGUCGAAUGGAAGAAUAUACCUGUAUCACUGCCACGGGAGCAGAAAACCCAGCUCGAUGCGCGCAUCUACGAUCUCGGCAAGAUGCUGCAAGCGGCGGACAAACCGGCCAAGCUGCUUACGCUCGACUGUAUUGGCAUCGUCCAGAAGCCGGUCUCCGACUCGAGUGAUGCACACCUACCCGACGGCGUUGUCGAUUUAGCCGCUCCACGCCUGGCCGGCUUCGAGUACAGCCGCCUCGAUGAGCCCGGUGCACUAACAGAGAACACGACGGACUUCCGCGACCACAAUCUAUAUCGCCACCCGCAGCACCGCGGCUUGCCAGUGUCGGAUUGCACGGGCGUGAAUAACCAAGUAAGUAGAAGGCGCAACGCCUUCACCUAUAAAGCCGACCUGUACAGCCUUGGCGUCGUGCUGCUUGAGGCUGGUUUGUGGCGCACGGCAGCAGAAAUCGUGGCUGGGAGCAGAGGAGCCAAUGAAUACAGGGGUGAUGGUUACGCCAAUCAGGGCAACAGGAACGAUGCCGAUGAUAACGAGGACGAGGUUCGCAGCGCGUUCUUGCGGCUGAUACCCACGCUGAGGCGGACUAUGGGCCCAAUUUACGCUGAUGUGGUCUACAGAUGUCUAACCGGGAAAUUUGAGCCUGAGGACGACGAGGCGCUGGAAACUGUGCCGGAGGCUUUCUAUGUCAAUGGUGUACAGCCCUUGGACAGUUGUGUUGUGUAG